AGAACUGGGGUUGCUCUGAGGAGGAGCAGCAGUGCCGUGCCGAUGGAUUUCCAGCCCAGCAUCCUGCGCGAUGGCAGCCCCAUGGAGAGCCUGGAGAAGCAGCUGCUGUGCCCCAUCUGCCUGGAGAUGUUCAGCAAGCCUGUGGUGAUCCUGCCCUGCCAACACAACCUCUGCCGCAAGUGUGCCAACGACAUCUUCCAGGCUGCCAACCCGUACUGGCAGAGCCGAGGCAGCAGCAUCAUCUCGGGAGGCCGGUUCCGCUGCCCUACGUGCCGCCACGAGGUCCUGCUGGACCGCCACGGUGUCUAUGGGCUGCAGAGGAACCUGCUGGUGGAGAACAUCAUCGACAUCUACAAGCAGGAGUUCUCCAGCAGGCCACUCAAGAAGGGGGAGCACCCCAUGUGCAAGGAGCAUGAGGACGAGCGGAUCAACAUCUACUGCGUCACCUGCGAGGUCCCCACCUGCUCCAUGUGCAAGGUCUUCGGUGCUCACAAGGACUGCGAAGUGGCCCCUCUGCAGAGCAUCUUCCAGGGCCAGAAGAGCGAGUUGAACAACUGCAUUUCCAUGCUAGUGGCGGGGAACGACCGCAUCCAGACCAUCAUCUCCCAGCUGGAGGAUUCCUGCCGCAGCACUGAGGAGAACAGCGAGGCAGCCAAGCAGGAGCUCUGUGCACGUUUUGAUGCGUUCUCAGCGCUGCUGGAGGAGAAGAAGACGGAGCUGCUGGGACGCAUCACCCGCGAGCAGGAGGACAAGACAAGCUUUGUGCAGGGCCUCAUCCACAAGUACAAGGAGCAGCUGGAGAAGUCCAGCCGGCUGGUGGAGACGGCCAUCCAGGCCAUGGAGGAGACCGGCGGGGCCGCCUUCCUCAUGAACGCCAAGCAGCUCAUUAAAACGAUUGUAGAGGCCUCCAAGGGCGGCAGGCUGGAGAAGAUUGAGCAAGGCUAUGAGAACAUGGAUGCCUUCACAGUCAGUCUUGAGCACCUCGCUGAUGCCGUCCGCGCCCUGGACUUUGAGCCAGAUGAGGAAGAUGAGUUUUAUGAGGAGGUGGAGGAAGAUACAGGAGACACAGAACCCGAAAGGGUGGUGGCAGCCCCCCAGUAGGACGCAGGAUGUCCAGGACAGAACCUGGGGACACACUGACGGGGCCGGCCAUCCAGCUCCAGUACAGGACACUUUUCUAUACGGGUGCCAAGAGGACUAUUCCGCACGUUUUAUAUGUUCCUUGUUUUGUAUAUAAUUGUAAUGGAGUUGUGUAUUUUGUACAGAAAA